CGUACUCCGAGGGUUUCCAGGCAGCAGUCUACGGCCCGGGACAGAGGGACCAGGACCAGGCCUCGGCAGAAGGGGUUGCAAACGCUCUCUCGUCGCGGAUCCUCUCUCGUGGAGCGGAGUGUCUUUUCACGCGGGGUUGUUCGGGUUUACCCACCAGCGGUCCUUCUCUCGUUCGAUCACGCUCUCUCUCUUUCUCUCUCUCCCUCUCUCUCUCUCUCUGUCUCUCUCUGUCUCUCUCUCUCUCUCUCUCUCUCUGUUUCUCCCUCUUUCUCCACCCCCUCUGUCUGCUCGUCUACCUUGUAGCACGUAGAUUCGCGGUGUUGGUGACCUUGAGCCUCGCCGAUGCGUACCGCCGACCCGUCGCUCUUCUUCCGGAUUACCGCGCGCCGUGCUCGCGGUGCGACACCUCCGCUCGUCCAGCACAGGAGAGUGUUGCCUCGCGCUACGCGCACGAACGCACGGAGAUGAGCGGAGCCGCCGCUCGUCGGCCGGGAGCUGCUGCUCGGAGCACGUGCCAGGCGCGCAGCAGAAGGCGCUCCAGGCGACACCGCCAGGUGCGCUAAUCGUGGACCAAUCGCGAGGGAAGAGCGAUCGCGGGUGAUAUAGGACAUUGCACCCGGGGAGAAAAGCGCGAGGAUCGGGGAGAUCAUCGCGAGAGUGCGCGACGAGGAACACAGGGAUGACGCCGCGGGCCCGCGGUGCGAGUGCCGCGCGUUCCAGGACAGUCCCGAUGUUCGCCGCCUUGGCACCGCUUCUCAUUUUCGUGGGGAUCGACGGCGUCGUGCACGGGGUCGCGCGCUCCGCGCUUCAUCAGGACUCAACGAACACUGCCACAGGCCCGAUCUUCGUAGCUCCAGUUGGGAAUCAAACCGCCGCGAUUGGUCGCGAGGUCGUCUUCUCGUGCAGCGUUCGCAACAUCGGCAAGUACAAGGUCGGCUGGCUACGCGCGUCGGAUCAGACGAUCCUCUCGGUGCACACGAGGACCGUGACGCACAAUGCGCGUAUCUCGGUGUCGUACGAGAGCGGCGGAAGUUCCGGCUCCGGCGGCGCAUCCGCAGGCGUCUUCGGGGUCACCGGUAGCAGCCAAACCGCGGAGGAAAUCGUCAACGGCACGUGGCGGUUGCACAUUCGCCAGCUGAAGGAGUCCGACAGAGAUUGUUACAUGUGCCAGAUCAACACCGACCCGAUGAUAUCCGAGCUCGGCUGCCUCGACAUACACGUGCCGCCCGACAUCGUCUACGGCGGGGAUACCAGCGCGGAUCUCGCAGUGGCGGAAGGCGACAACGCGACCCUGAGCUGUCGGGCGACGGGACGUCCACCGCCGAGAGUGUCCUGGCGCAGGGAGGACGGCGAGCCGAUCGUCAUCAGAACCUCCACGGCAGGUGGUAGCACUUUCGAGAAGCACGACCACUACAACGGCUCGCUGCUGCAUUUCCACCGUGUCGAGAGGCGGCAAAUGGGGGCGUAUCUCUGCAUCGCCAGCAACGACGUGCCGCCGGCGGUUAGCAAGCGGGUGACGCUCGCUGUCAAUUUCGCACCCGUUGUAAAAGCACCCAACCAGCUGCUGGGUGCUCCUCUGGGCACGGAUGUGCAGAUGGAGUGCUACGUCGAGGCGUUCCCGAACACGAUCAAUUAUUGGGUGAAGAAUCAGCACGAGGGUACGGAGGACGAAAUGUUAUUGGAGGGACCGAAGUACAGAGUACGAGAGGAACGUACGGGAUACACGGUCCUGAUGUGGCUCCUAAUCAAAAGGUUCACGGAGAAGGACGUCGGUAGCUACAAAUGCGUCUCAACGAAUAGUCUAGGAAAAGCGGACGGAACUCUCAGACUGUACGAGAUUAAAAUCGGCUCCGACAGAGGGGGGUCGCGCGGAAAGGAUCACGUGUCCAUUAUCGGUGGUUUAGCCGAGGCCGCUCAAAGUUCCGGCGGCAGCAACGGCGGCGGAGCGUUCUGCGGAAGCGGUAGCAGCUUGUCGCACAUCCUAUCAAUGUUUCUCUUCAUACCGAUACUCUGGCCACGGUGAAGAAGGCAUCUACUGCUGGUCAUCGCUAAGCUACUUAGUGCCGGAUGACUUUGUGCCAAAAGACAAGAAUGUAGAGAGAGAAAGAGAAGGAGAGAGAGAGAGAGAGAGAGAGAGAGAGAGAGAGAGA